CCCCACGCGAGCAAAAUAUGAGCCUGCGAUAAAAAUAUCGGGAAAAAAAAUCCAAAAUGUCGGAACUGAGGAAAGAGGCUUUAAAGAGCAAAUACGGUGGUUUACCUCCUGCCCCGAAACGACCUGGGAAAUCUUACGGAACCGCGGGAGGACUGCGACGAAAGCGUGAUUACACACCGUUGUCUUGGGAAGAUUACUUCGAUAGUUCGAGAGAUGUUUGUGUCAAUGAUAAAAACAGAUUUCGAGUUUACCAGGCUGGUAAUUCUGGCCCAGUACUAUUGUUACUUCAUGGUGGAGGGCAUUCUGCUUUAUCAUGGGCUGUCUUUACUAAAUCAAUCAUAAGAAUAUGUCACUGUCAAGUUCUAGCAUUAGAUCUCAGAGGCCAUGGUGACACAUCCACAGAAGAUGACUCUGAUUUGUCAGCAGAUACCUUAUCAAAAGAUGUUGGAAAUGUUGUACAGGCUAUCUAUGGAGAUUCCCCUCCAUCCAUACUUCUGGUUGGACACAGCAUGGGUGGGGCCAUUGCUGUUCAUGUUGGAGUUCAAAAACUGUUGAGUACCUCUUUAGCUGGACUAGCUGUUAUUGAUGUAGUGGAAGGGACAGCGAUGGAAGCAUUGUCUGCUAUGCAGUCUUUCCUGAGAAGUAGACCAUCUUCGUUUCAAUCACUGGAAGAAGGAAUAGAAUGGAGCAUACGAAGUGGCCAGGUCCACAAUGUGGAAUCAGCGCGUAUAUCCAUGGCUGGACAGUUAGUCAGAUGUAGUGGUGACAGUGAAGAUAAAGUAAAUAGUGAGUGUCCAACUUCUCCCCCACUGUCACAUGCCUGUGAUACAAUUAGUGAAGAAUCUGAAGAAACAGUCAAUACAAAGGCUUCGACUGUGGUGCAUGCAGGGACUAGUCAGGUGGAUACAGGGCAGAAGAGGGCUGAUGAGAGAUUUACUUGGAGGAUUGACUUGUCUAAGACUGAUCAGUUUUGGGAAGGCUGGUUUAAAGGCAUGUCCAAUUUGUUCUUAUCGUGUCCUGUUCCAAAGCUUCUCAUCUUGGCAGGUGUGGAUCGUCUUGACAAAGAUCUGACGAUUGGUCAAAUGCAAGGUAAAUUUCAGAUGCAAGUAUUACCACGCUGCGGUCAUUGCGUUCACGAGGAUGCCCCGGACAAAGUUGCAGAAGUCUUAGUGACAUUUCUAAUGCGGCUGAAACUCGCUGUGACAAAGGAGAACUUUCUGAGACCUAUGCCGGCGUGCUAGUCGUGGAUCGUAUUUCUUCUUUUUGUCAAACCAGUACGAGCAGGAGAGAGUUUUGCCAAGUUCAUUAAAUCUCUGUUAAUAAGCCUUUACACGUUAGGUUCUCUUUCUGUACAGAUUAAAAGACCAGCAAACGCCAAUCGAGUGGGUAUAUAGUCUUUGUAUGGCAGCUAUCGAAACCAACUCUUCCCAUUUUGUAUACUAUUCCCACUUAGCUAUCGGAGCUUAGCAUUACGUUACGAGGUGUAUUGUCACUCUUCCUCUUAUGGGAUGAAAAUAUGCAAUCCCCUUCUUUCAUACUCAGCAUUCAUUCAGUUUACACGACAUUUUCUUGAUGCAUACAGUGGGUUAGGGAGUGGCACUUUUAUACAAUCCUUCUUGUCCAAGAUCACUGCAUAAUAACCCGUGUGAGGUUUGAAACAGACUAUUUUGACGCUAAAAUACAAAAAAGUCUUGUAAAGCUUUUUUUCCCCUCUUUUUCCGCUAAAACGUCCUCUAGUCGGAAGUGAAAGUUUGCACCAGUCAGGGCAAAGUAGGUCCGCAACGCGUGCGGAUCCUAAAAUUUGGGGAGCAAUGUGGCAUUAGAUCU